CACUACCGUCGGAAGGCGGGGCAUUAGGAACUGGCAGGUCGAACAAGCAAAGGAGGGACGACGACAAGAAGAAGCUGAAGCAAGAAAGGAAAAUGGCUGAUAGGUUUUCGCGUUUCAACGAAGAUCGUGAUUUCCAGGGAAAUCACUUUGAUCAGUACGAGGAUGGGCAGCUUGAGAUCGAGCAGGCGUCAUUGGACAAGCCCAUUGAAUCGGAUAAUAUUGGACAUCGCUUGCUCCAGAAACAUGGCUGGAAGUUGGGCCAGGGACUGGGAAAAACUAUGCAAGGGAGGACCGAUCCCAUCCCUAUUAUCCUCAAGUACGAUGUCAUGGGAGUGGGGCGUAUGGAGAUGGAGAUGGAUUAUGCAGAGGACUGUACGGAGAAGAGACGAGUGCUGGAAGUGGAAAAGGAGGACACAGAGGAGCUUAGACAGAAAUACAAGGACUUUGCGGAGAAAGAAAAAGCCAUUGCCAAAGCUUUAGAAGACAUGAGAGCAAACUUCUACUGCGAGCUCUGUGACAAGCAAUAUCAAAAACACCAAGAGUUUGACAACCACAUCAAUUCCUAUGACCACGCUCACAAACAGCGUCUAAAGGAGCUGAAACAGCGGGAAUUUGCCAGGAAUGUUUCAUCACGGUCACGCCGAGAUGAGAAGAAACAGGAAAAAGCACUGAGACGGCUGCAUGAGCUGGCAGAGCAGAGGAAGCAGACCGACAGCACCCCUGGCAGUGGUCCGAUGUUCAGAGCCCUGACAGUAGCAGCGGAUGAGGAGAACAGCGAGGAUGGAAGCUCCUACACGGAUGGAGUUACCUGCCUCCUUGGGGAGAAGAUUCUUGCUGAAGAUGGCCACGCUCCCAACUGUAGUCCGCCCUCCAGUGAGACUUCAUCCAAACCUGCCAAUGCUGUAGCUGGUAGCACACCGCUCUCCUUGAAUGCCAGCCUGCUGCCCAAGGUGGGGGUCUCUUUCUCCUUCGCUAAAAAGGCUCCCAUUAAACUGGAGACCACAGCUUCUGUUUUCAAAGAUUUGGGGGAGGAGGUGUCUGUAGAAGAAGGCCAGAAGGACGAGGGCAAGGUGGCCAGCGACCCCACUCCAGUUGUGAACACCUCCGACUCGGAGAGCCCCAGUGCAUCUCAGCUGACGCCCGUUGGAUGUGAAGAUGAGCAGCAGGACGCCGAAGGAGGAGCCCUUGCCUCCACGCUAUCAAAACUGAAGAUGAUGAUGAAGAAAGAAGAAGGUUACAGUCAGCAGGAGCCGCAGUACUACCACUACAUGCCUCCGGCUCACUGCAAGGUCAAGCCCAACUUUCAGUUCAUGCUUUUCAUGAAAGCUUCGGACCAGAGUGGCUGUCCUCUGGUUGACGAAACCUGUGAGCUCCCCAAAGAGAUGGACGAAGCAGGCGAUGGAGAGCGAAAGACGGAAACCCCCAAACAACCGGACGUUCAAGCCGACGAAGCAUGCAAGGAGAGUAAUGACCCGGAGAAGCCGCAGCAACCACCAGCACAGUCCAAGGCCAACAACGGCAAGAGUAAAGAGGUGGGCAGCUCCUCAAAAGCACAGCCCUCUCCGGCCUCUCAGGUCUCUGACAAGCAGCCGGCCACCAAAAGCGAGCAGGCCGAUGGUCCGCGACGUUCCCUGGGGCCUUUCUUCCCGGUACUGAGUAAAGACGAGAGCACCACCCUACAGUGGCCUUCUGAGCUCCUUGAAUUCACCAGCGCCCAGCCCUCUCUGUCGUACAGCUGUAACCCUCUUUACUUCGACUUUAAGCUUUCGAGAAACAAAGAUGGCAGGGCGAAGCAAAAUGCAGAGAAGGUCGCCGCCGCCGCCGAACAGCCUGCUGCCCCGAACACUGACAAGGAGGGACAAGGACCCAGUGAGCCCAGUCCAGUGACAAAGAAAGACAAGGCGACCAAGGCCCACAAGGCCAAAAAAAAAAAAAAGCACAAAAAGUCGUCCAAACGGCCCAGCCGCAAAGAGCGCAAUGGCGAAAAGGAGAAAGGCGCGGCAGCGGGGACAUCGGAAACCGCCGCCAGCGAAAAGUCCAAAAAGAAGAAGAAACGCAAGCAGAAGAAAAGCAAGAGCAGAGCAUCUGAGGAGCGGGAGAACAGCAACCAGGCAGCUGGUGAGGCAGAGACAGCCGAGGUAAGCGAAGGGGCCAAAAGGAAGCGCCCCCUUCAGGAGGAGUCCCAGAAGGCCACAGGCGGAGAGCACUCGGCCUCACCCGACCGGCACAGCAGUGCAAAGCGGCACCGGCCAGACGGGGCCGAGGCUACGACGUCCUCUGCUCUAAGGAAGCCCUCGUCCAGCCCUGCCCGGCGCAGCCGAAGCCGUCAGCCCAGCAGUGAGGAAGAUGAAAGUGAGGAUGGCCAGCACCAGCGUCGAAAAGCAUCAUCCCGGCCGGCCCACCGCCGACGGCAUCACAGUGGGGCCUACGACUCGGAGCGCUCGCGGAGCCGGUCUUCGCGCAGAGGUGGUCGCCGCCACGGUCGACGGGCCUCGUCCCACAGCCGUUCCUACUCCAGCAGCUCCGAACACUCAUCUGACAGGAGCAGUCCCUACAGCAGCCACAGGGGGCGCAGUUACUCGGACAGCUACAGCGACUACAGUGAACGGUCGCGCCAGCGCCGCUGGUCCAAGCACUCUCCCACCUCCGACUCCGACUACGAACGCUCCCAUCGUGGAGGGCGCCGCUCCCGCAGGCGCAGGUACUCGACAUCGGAGGAAUCCAGCCGCUCGAGAAGCAAUAGUCGUGGCCGAAGCAGCCGCCGCAGGCGCAGCAGCCACCACCGCAGCUCGUGCAGCAGCAGCCGCAGCCCCAGCUGGAAGCGCAGCCGCAGCAGCUACAGCCGUAGCUCGGGGAGCCGCUCCCGCCGCUCGUCCAGCUCCACCAAAGGGUCUUCCCGAGGGGGCCACCACCACCGAGACAGCUCAGCCGAUCGCCCAGAAGGUCGCAGAAGGGACUUCAUCCGCUCCAAAAUUUACCGAUCGCAGUCCCCACAGAGUUCGUCCCGCACCCCGGCAUCCAAGAAGAAGGAGGAGGGCAGCGGCACCGUGGGAAGCGGAGCUGCAGACGCCGAGCCCAGCAGUCUGGAGGAGAGGAACUCGCUCACGGCACGGCUGCUUCUCGAGAAGGUGCAGUCUCGCAAGGGGCCAGAUGAGGGCGCCACCACCUCUACGAAGGCGGGCAUCAAGCUGAAGAACCCACCGCAGGGCUACUUCGGACCCAAACUGCCUCCCUCGCUGGGGAACAAAGCCGUCUUGCCACUCUUUGGAAAGCUCCCGGCCGUGAAGAAGCCUGUGCUGCUGCGGCGGCCGGAGGAGACCGGCCCGGAAAAGGUAGAGGAGGUGGAGGCUCCCGAAGCGGCAGCCAUCGAGACGGUCAUCGUGGAGCCCAUCCGUGAAUUUCCACCGCCACCCCCUCCUCUGCCGCCUCCACAGCUGGAAGAAAACGGGCAGGCACCUGAGGAGGAAGUGCCAGCUGAAGUGCCACCAGCCGCCCCCGAGGCUCCUGCCUGCCUCUUCCAGCCCGAGCCCGCCCUGCUCAUGCCACCCUUCUCGUGUGAGGCUUCAGAAGCCCCGGACAAGCCCCUGCCACCAGAGCUGCAGGCCUUCCCUGCCUACGUGGAGGCAGAGGAGCCCGAUGCCGAAGACGAGUCAUCCCUGGCACCGCUGGAGAGCCAACCAAUCACCUUCACGCCCGAGGAGAUGGAGAAGUACAGCAAGCUGCAGCAGGCGGCCCAGCAGCACAUUCAGCAGCAGCUUCUCGCCAAGCAAGUCAAGAGCUUCCCCGCUGCUGCUGCUGCCGCCGCUGCCGCGGCUGCCAAUCUGGCCCAAGCACCUGCCCUCCAGCCCCUGCAUAUCCAACAGCCCCCUGCGGCAGCUAGCGCCACCUCCAUCACUACCGUGCAGCAUGCCAUCUUGCAGCAUCACGCGGCCGCAGCUGCCGCCAUUGGCAUCCACCCACACCCUCACCAUCCUCACCCUCAGCAGCUGGCGCAAGUACACCACAUCCCUCAGCACCACCUCACACCGAUAUCCCUGUCACCCCUCGGCCAUUCGCUUAUCCCUGCCCACCCGGCGGCGUUCCUGUCCAGCCAUCCCAUUCAUAUCAUCCCCGCCUCAGCUUUCCACCAUACCCCCUUGGCACUGCACCAUGUGCCACACACGGCCCUCUACCCCACCCUCUUCACUCCCCGGCCCACAGCGGCGGCUGCAGCCGCUGCCCUCCACCUGCACCCCCUCUUGCACCCGAUCUUCUCGGGCCAAGACCUGCAGCACCCCCCAAAUCACGGCUCCUGAAGCGAGGCGAGGUGGGAGUUGCGUGCAAGAAGAGCCCCAUGGGACUGAGAGUACCUACUGCGAUGCGGGCGUGCAGGCCAGCGGGCGUGCCACCACUUUGGCCUUGGGUGUUGUCAUUUUUAAUAUUUUUAGGUGUGUAUGUAUAUACACUUGUACAUAUACACGUGUAUAUAUGCAUAUUUUUUUUUUGUUGUUGAUGGCCAAAGUGUGGCUAGAACUCCAUGUGGGCCUUGGGGCUGUCGGGCAGUUAGGACGUGGGCUCGCCGACCGAUGGAGGGACGGAACUGACCGACCUUUAAUUUCUUACCAUGCGAGAGUGGAGCUCGGAUUUCCAGCAUAGCUACCAAAUAUUGGGAAAGCCGAGCGACUCCUACUGUACAAAGUGUAAAGGCGCCGAGGCGCACACGUGUGUGAAUUUUGUUUCUUCAUUUUGACAGAAUAACAAAGCAGAGCUUAGAAGCAUCCGGAGACGCAGCCUUCACUGUGGCGUCCUCUCCCUGCAGAGCCGUUGAGCGGCCCACUGCACGGGGCUUCUGAAACGUUCAGGCGGGUUCGGUCCACCUUGAAGUGGUCAGUCUGGGUAGGUGGUCAAACCUUCAAGGUCUGACUUGUGCUUUAACUCCCCCCCCCAAUAAUUAAAGCAGACCCUCGCUAGGAGCUCAGCUGAGGUGAUGGGGAAGCAGCCUGGUGCUCGAGUUUAGCGCCUUUAAAGCUCGCCGGAGGUCAGCCAUUGACUGUGCCCUCUAGCUGCUGAUGAUGGGUUUUUUUGUUCCUCUCUCUCUCUCUAACACUUGAUGAACCCAUUUUGUAAAAAUCAUCAUCUGCUUUGAAGGAGCUGCUCCUGGACGGCCGUGUCACACGCAUGGUCACCAUGCUCAUCUUCAAAUGAAAGGCAGCGAGUGUGGCACAAGCGAGUCUCGGCUUUGUGUGCCCAGCUUGCUCUUCUUGUCUUACGUUGUUCCCCUGAAGCUCCAUACUGCCUGUUUUUUUUGGGGGGGGGGGU